AUGUCCACCGACGAAGGCACCUACGCGCCCAAGUCGCCCGAUCUUUCUUCUUUCUUCUCGAGUGGACCCGAGUCCGCCUUCACCUCUGCGUCUGCUUCUGCUUCUGCUUCUGCUGCACAACCACAGCCAACCUCUGCCCCGAAUCCCGCACUUGGACCAGCUCCAGGAUCAUCAUCGUCAUUGUCCGGAUAUCAACCACAACCACAUGCACCACCGCAUCCGUCCUCAUCCACCGCAUCCACUUCCACAUCCACUCUGACCCAGCCGCAGCCUCACCCUGGGUCUGGGCUGCCGUACGGUCAGCCACAACCACCGCAGCCCCACCAGCACUACCACCACAACUCUUAUUCUCCCGACACCUAUAACAACUUCGAUUCCUAUAGCGCCCAGUCCCCCGGCGCUCCUCGACCUCUCCAACAGCAGCCCUACUUCCCUCCCCAGCAACCCCACGACCAGUACGGUCAGAGCCCGCUCCAGGCCCAACAGCUAGGAUACGCCAUAUCCCCGCCCAUAUCCGGUCACGGCGGGCCCCAGCCCUACUAUUCCGCCUACACCGAUACCCAGCAAAACCAUUACCAGCCCCUACCGGCGCAGACACACCUGCCGCCCGCCUACGAUCGAAACAGCGCCGUGGACCCAGCAAGUCCCAUGCCGCCCCGGAAGUCGGCCGCUGCCCAGGCGGCUCAACAGCCUGAGAUCAUGGAGUCACCUGUGCGGACCAAGUUCCCCACGGCUCGCAUCAAGAGGAUAAUGCAGGCCGAUGAGGAGGUCGGCAAGGUCGCUCAACAGACCCCAAUCGCCGUCGGCAAGGCCCUCGAGCUGUUCAUGGUCCAGAUCGUGACUAAGAGUGCAGAUGUGGCCAAGGAAAAGAACUCCAAGCGCAUCAGCGCCCAGAUGCUGAAGCACGCCGUCGCCACCAACCCGCAGUGGGACUUUCUGCAGGACAUUGUCGCAAAAGUCAGCGAGAAGGAGGACGCGGCCAAGGCGAGCAAGGCGAAACAGGAGACCGAUAGCGACGAGGAUCCGGAUGCCGAGCCCAAGAAGAAGGCGAGAGGCGGCAGGAAGAAGAAAGCCGCCUCGUGA